UAUUAACAUUCAUAAAUCUAGAACGUCUUAUCAGUUUACAUCGUAUUGCUGAAACUUAGUUUGUUACUUGCAAAGGGAAAAGAAAGUAGCAACUGCAUACAAGUUUAACGAUAAAAAUAACUGUGUUGUCUGCAUAAAUUCGAAUGCAUCGAGCGAUGUCGAUGCAUUCAACAAUUUCUUCACGUGACGUGAGGAGACAGGAGACGCGUUUGUCUGAUGGCUUUUCGUACGCGUGUAUCGAGGGAAAAAAGACUUCCACAUGAUUUUCUUGUAAAUAACGUGACAUCGCCGGACGAAGUAAUAUAAUUAAUCAGUGCAUAUAUUAAUCAAUUAACAAGUAUUUAUUUAAAAAUAAGACGAUAUGGCUGGCCAACAACAUCCUUUCCUGUCUGGGUUUCCCAAUGUGCAGCAAUCGGCUAUGCGUACACAGUUUGGUGGUGGACAAAUGGUUUCUGGUUUGAUAGGCCCACAGCAAGGGAAUAUGGUGAGCUCUCAACAAUUUGGAAUGGGGGUUGGUGUUGGAGUAGGUGUUGGCAAUGUUGGAUCUAAUGCCAUGGGGAUGCCCAAUUCCCAACAAGUUUUGGCACAGCAGCAACAACAGCAACAGUCCAUGGCAAUGCAACAACAAAUGCAGCAGAUGCAGCAGCAACAGUUACAAUUACAACAGCAGCAACAGGCUGCGAUGGUCCAACAAAAUAAUCAAGCCAAUAAUCAGGCCACAACACCACAGACUCCAGUACCACCCACACAGCCACCACCGCGACAGCAGCAGGCGAAGGAAUUCAACACCGUUAGUUUAUGUAGAUUUGGACAAGAGACUAUACAGGAAAUCGUCAGUCGUACCUUGGAGCUCUUUCAAACUCUUAAGGUCCUUCAACCACCCAAUGGUACUGCACAAGGAGCAACUAUAGCGAGCGACAAAAAGAAGAAAGUCUAUGAACAAUUGGAAAUGAUCAAAAUGAUGUUUAAACGCCUGAGAUUGAUAUACGAAAAGUGUAACGAGAACUGUCAAUUACAGGGAAUGGAAUAUACUCAUAUAGAAAGCUUAAUUCCAUUAAAGGAGGAAUGGGACAUGAAAUCUGAUGAGAAGAAGACUUCGGAAGCUUACAGGCUCACUUGCGAAGAAAGGAAGGAAGUUAUGGAGCAAGUAAUAUUAAAAAAUAGGCACAUUAAGGAAAUAAUCGACCAUUUAAGACGCAUUAUUUCCGAAAUAAAUACAAUGUUAAAUAUGCGUCGAUCGUAGGUUACCAAAUAUAGAUAAUUAUGUUUACAUAUUAUUCUUAAAAAACACAUUAAAAAAUAAAUUUUUUUUACAAUA